AAGUAUGAAUCCCAUACAAACAACCGAUUCAUCCUCGUCGGCCCCGCCCUCAGGCAGCAACUCGACAGCGAACGACCCCUUCGUCAAGUGGUGGACCAACUUUAUCAAAGUUGCCAGCAUCCCCUUGGCACUCUUCUUCUUUACGUUGGUCUGUCUUGGCGUGGUUUUGCUUUGCACAAUUUGCAUUUGCAUCCUUCGCAGCUACUGCCGGUACUCCCGUGGGCAAAAGAGGCCAAAGCGUCCGAUAAAAGGCCUCUAUCUGGAUGAGGUCCCGGGUCUAGUUGAUGGUGUUGAAAUAGGAUCAUAUGGCUGCCUCGAGUACUCGCUGGAGUACCACAUGAAUAAGCAGGAACUCAAAGUGGGCCUUACGCAGGCCAUGGACCUGGCCUCGAGGCCAGGCGCAGGCCUGCUCGACCCUUACGUGAAGGUCUUCUUGGAGAUGACCCCUAAUGAAGACGCUUCGGAAGAACUACUUCUCGGCAAGACAACGGUCACCAAGAAGUUCAAGACCUCCGUCCAGAAGCAGACUAACAAUCCCUGCUGGAACGAAGCGUUCAUUUUCAAACUGCCCUACAACACUUUGAAGUGCACUUCGGUUAUAAUGAAUAUCUACGACUAUGAUUCUAUCGGGCUGGACAAUGCGAUUGGUCGGCUUCGUGUUGAC